AUGUGUCUGAGAGUAUGCGUUUCACCACUUGAUGUCGACGAAGCAGGCUCCAACCACUUGGGUGAUGUUGAUGAGGCAGUGGUGAUCUGGAAUUGUCCUCCCACUUCGGAAGAGACAUUCCUUUUUGCGAGGCUCCAGCUGAAAUUUGUGGAGGUAUCUGCACAAACAGGCAUAUCAGUCCUCUGCUGGCUUGGUUUUCAUUCGGUCAAGUAA